AAGGGGGCAGAGCUCUAACCGGAAGUGUCUCGCGGCUGAGCACUCUGUCAUUUGUCCACGGUCUGUUCUGAGGAGAGGGACAGCAACGGCAAAGAAACGCAGGAACAAGUCAGUUGGCUAGAGAAAAAAAAUACAGAAAUCCUUUAAACAAUGAAACCGACCGAAUAAGCCACUACAGUCAACUAGUAUUGAAUUCGUUUUAAACAUUUAAUUCAAUGACAUAUUUGUUUUUAUACAAGCAAGGUUAGCUGCUCGCGAGAGAGAGCUGUGUCAUUGAGCAGGCAGGACACGUCAGGAGAGGAGAGAAAAGCUGGUUAGCCAUAACUAGCUACUAUAUGAGCGAAAGACAUAAAAGUACCAUAUCGCUUGUCAUAAACUUGCUUUUCACAAUUUUAUCAGACACAUCGAGAUUGCCGGUUGACUACAGGACGGAUCGAGUCAUCGCCUGGAUCAAGGGUAACGUUAGCGACCAAAAGGACGUAAAGAUCACAGGAUAGCAGAUAUUGUGUGGGGGAAAACAAAUGGGGGAUUACGGGUUUGGAGUCUUAGUGCAAAACAACACUGGCAACAAGUCUGCUUUCCCAGUUAGAAUUCACCCACAUCUGCAACCUCCACAUCAUCAUCAGAAUGCGUCUCCAAGCACUGCUGCUUUCAUAAACAAUACCACAGCUGGUAAUGGCAGUAACAGUGGGUCGCCUUGGCUGUUUUCAGCCACAGCUGCCCACAGCAGCAUGCAAGAUGAAAUUCUUGGGUCUGAAAAGCCCAAAGCCCAGCAACAGGAAAUGCAAGAAACGCAAGAAAAGCAGCAACUGUCCCCUGGCCACCAGGAGUCUGUAAUCAUAUCUGAGUUAGAGAAGGCGAGGUCAGAGGAGAACAAGGUGGAGGGCGGCCCCUCAGAGUGUAGCAAUGGAAAGGAGAAGCUGCGCCUCGAGUCUCCGGUACUGACAGGCUUCGACUACCAAGAGACAUCGGGUCUUGGGACUCCGGCCCAGUCCAGUACCUCCUCGUCCCUGACCGGCUUCAACAACUGGUCAGCUGCUAUUUCCCAGACCCCCUCCACCAUCAUCAACGAGGAUGUCAGCUUCUUCAACCCAGCUGCCUCUGCUAACAAUGGGCCCCUCCUGUUCCAGAAUUUCUCCCACCACGCCAGCCCAGGCUUUGGGGGAAACUUCUCCCCCCAGAUUGGACCCAUCUCCCAGCACCAUCCCCCACAUCCACACUUUCAGCACCCCCACAACCAGCACCAACAGCACCGCAGGUCCCCGGCCAGCCCCCACCCUCCUCCCUUCCCCCAUAGGAAUGCUGCCUUCAGCCAGUUGCCGCAUUUGUCCAAUAAUCUGAAUAAAGCCCCAUCACCUUGGGGUAGCUACCAAAGCCCCUCUCCCUCCUCUACCUCCUGGAGCCCCGGCGGGGGCUAUGGUGGCUGGGGAGGCUCCCAGGGACGUGAGUACCGUCGUGGCCUCAACGGAGGCAUGACUCCCCUGAACUCCAUCUCCCCACUGAAGAAAACCUUCCCCAACAACCACGUGCCGUUGCAGAAGUACUCCCGCACCAGCCCCGGCUUCAACCCCAAAUCCUGGAUGGACGAGAGUGUGAGCAGAAGUGAGAACAUCUUCCCCUUCCAGGAGCGCACCAGAUCCUUUGAUGGCUUCAACAUGCACUCCCUGGAGAACUCUCUCAUCGACAUCAUGAGGGCCGAGCAAGAUACCCUGAAAGGUCGCCUAGGAUUCACCCAUCCAGGAGGAGAUAGUCCUCUGCCCAUAAAUGCAAGGAAUUAUGGGAGGAGACGAGGUCACUCUUCCCUGUUCCCCAUGGAGGAUGGUUUCCCUGACGACGAGCGUUGCGAGCAGAGCCUGCCUGGCCUUGGCUCGCCCCACUGCUUCCCCCACCAGAAUGGGGAGCGUGUGGAGCGCUACUCCCGCAAGGUCUUUGUCGGUGGCCUUCCCCCUGAUAUUGAUGAAGAUGAAAUAACUGCAAGUUUCCGUCGCUUCGGACACCUCUUUGUGGACUGGCCUCACAAGGCAGAGAGCAAAUCUUACUUUCCCCCGAAAGGUUAUGCCUUCCUGCUGUUCCAGGAUGAGAGCUCUGUACAGGCCCUGAUUGAAGCCUGUAUUGAAGAGGACGGCAAGCUUUACCUGUGCGUUUCCAGCCCCACCAUCAAAGACAAGCCGGUUCAGAUCCGCCCCUGGAACCUGAACGACAGUGACUUUGUGAUGGACGGCUCCCAGCCUCUGGACCCCAGGAAGACCAUCUUUGUGGGUGGGGUGCCACGCCCUCUUCGUGCAGUGGAGCUGGCUAUGAUCAUGGACAGGCUGUAUGGAGGGGUGUGCUACGCAGGUAUCGACACAGACCCGGAGCUCAAGUACCCCAAGGGAGCAGGGCGGGUGGCCUUCUCUAAUCAACAGAGCUACAUUGCUGCUAUCAGCGCUCGUUUUGUCCAACUGCAGCACGGAGAAAUCGAUAAACGGGUGGAAGUGAAGCCAUACGUCCUGGACGACCAGUUGUGUGAUGAGUGUCAGGGAACCCGGUGCGGUGGCAAGUUUGCCCCUUUCUUCUGCGCCAACGUCACCUGUCUCCAGUAUUACUGUGAAUACUGCUGGGCAGCCAUCCACUCGCGCGCCGGUCGGGAGUUCCACAAGCCACUGGUCAAGGAGGGAGGUGACCGGCCUAGGCACAUCUCCUUCCGCUGGAACUGAGAGAGCGAGAGAGAGGCAGUGGGGACGGGGGGAGUAGGAGUCGCAAAAUCAUUGUACAAAUAAAUGCACUUUUCUGUUGCUGGUUCCUUGUAGCUCUAAUUUGGAAAAAAAAUAUAUGUUUCAUUUUUAAAUUAAUAUUUAUUUUAAAGAUGAGAAAAUGUCAAGAAAGGAAAAGAAAAUGUGAAAUCCCAUUCUCUUGACUUUCUCCAGUUGCUUUUAUAUUUUAUUAGAGCACAUAGACAUUUGAAAAGAUUGGGCUUUCAAUUGUCACCCUACUAUCCAAUUGGCUUGUCAUUGACCAUCAACUUCAAAGCAGUAUGUUCAGUUUAAAUGUUGAUCCAAUAGGCUCCAGAGCAGAUGUGAAUAGAAAAGGUGUUGCUAAAGAAGAGUGCACUUAUUUCUUUAUUUUAGAGUGCAGAUGAUAAAGUCUCAGUAGUUAACCAAAGCUUAAUCUCAAUUGGUUUAAAAAAAGAAACAACUACAGAAACGUGGGUUCUUUCCCAGAUCAGAUGUUUGAAUAUUUUAUUUUAUUUUUAAAGACCAUGCUAAUAUUUGAUGUUACUUGACAAGAUCGAUUUCACAACAGGCGUUCUGGUUUGAUCUCCAUUUUGACAUGCAAAAACUAAUACCUCAAGCUUAGCUGCUAAUGUGCUGAAUAAGUUAAAGAAAGUAAGCUGGUAUUCCUCUUCCCUUAAGACCAUAAUCAAAGGGAAACGGCGUCAGAAAAAAAGGCACAGUUUUAUAGACGCUGCUUUGUCACUUCUUUAUUUUUGUAAUCCGACCAAGGUUGUAGUAAGAAUGAACAGAGCAUUUUAUUGGGGAAUGUAUGGCGUUGGAGGUACCAGAGGCCCUCAGCGCUGGCCGGUAUAGAGAUGAAAAGUGACCCCCCUCUGUGUCUGAGGUCCUGCUAGCUAGGAGAAGAGAGGCUAGGGGCUAGUUCUCAUCAGGGCUGCACGUGAGCAGAAAGCCCUGUUUCUCGUGUAUUAUUAUUAUUAUUAUUAUUAUUAUUAUUAUUAUUAUUAUUAUAGCAUUGGUGCAAAUCUCCCGAGCCUUUAUUCAACCUGUUUUUAAUCCCACUCAAAAAAGAGAAAUGAAUUAGAAAAGUCAGGCAUGUCAUCAACACAUUUACAUCUAGAGGAGAUGCUGUAACUAGACCUGCAGACCUCUCUUCCUGUGCCAGCCCAGCUAACUCAGCCAGUGUUCUAAGCAUAAAUGAAGAUAGUCCAUGCGAUGUGCUCUACUACAUGCGUCCCACAAUGCAGUUCACUCACUCAAACGACUGCAAUAAAGAGGUUAUACCUAGAUGCUUUAGGGAACCAAAGACGGCUGUGCAGUAGUGAGUAACACUAUCUCAUUUCAGUUCUUCACAGAGUUUUCAUUAUUGUUUUCUUAUAAUUUUCCUUACGAAGACCAGAUGGACUCCAGCAAACCAAAGAUUGACCUUGAAUAGAUAAUAGUGCAGUGAAAAUCCAGGAAAACACUAGUGAAAACAACUGGACUUAUUCAGUUUACAGACACCAAGGCUUUUUCACCAGUCAAUCCCCUCAUUUUCAAAGGUCAAAAUGGAGACAUUUGUUGCUAGGCAGUUGUGUAACGUGGAUAGGUCUGCAACAGGUUUGGGAAAUGAACACAAAAAGCUAAACAAAGGCUCACGUUUGGUUAUUAUAGUCGUACAGUGUCUGAAUCUACUAGCGUUAAAUAUGUCAGGGAGUGAGUGCUGAAAUAGAACUAAACACACUAGUGAAAACCGUAUCCUUGUGUUGGCUUGAUGGUGUUCUACUGCACCAGUUCUGCACCAUGGCUUUAGCUUGUGGGUGUGGUGGAUAAACAUUUUAGAAGUUAAAAACACUUUUUGAAGAAUUUGCUGUUAAUGAGAUAAAAAAAAAAAUGAUUAUUUUAUACAUGGCCUGCUGAUUUUUGGUACAGUGUUUUCUAGCUAAAUUAUUUUGUCAUGCACAUAUAAACAUUUAUGCACUACUUUUCUAAAUAUUUUUUUUUUCAACAGUCAUUUUAGGCACAUUUUUCACAAAUGGGAAAACUCCUUUUUGCAAUACCUCAAUUUUUCACAUUGUGAAAGGUAGCUUUUGUACUUUUGUUACUGAGAGAUCUGCAUAUAUGGAAAUUUUCAUUUAAAGAAAAAUUUUGAGUGAUUUCGAUUUAUAUUAUUUUCAAAUAUGCUUUUUAUAUGUUUCAGUGCUGAGGAAUCUUCACGACUAAGUGCGCACGUGUGUUGAUGCGACUUCGAAACGACAGAGGAACGAUCAGUGUAUUGCUUAAGGUCUUAGAUCUUAUUCACUAGAUGUUUCACAAAAAAUCUGAUCUUAACAGCAUGGCGAGGAAAAAGUUGUCAUUUAAAAUGGAAUGUUAUUGUUUAAAAAAUGGCUACCCUAGUUGGAAAAUGGUAACUUCUCUCUUUUUGCUUUCCUCUCCAUAGCUGGAAUAUAACUAUUAUAAGGAUAAUGCAAAUUUAUGGUUCAUGCUUCGGCAGAAUCUCGUAUCACAAGAAUGGAUGUUUGGUGUUUAGAUAUUUUAACAUUUGAAAAUAUAUAUUCUUGAACUUGCCAACUAGCUCCUAUUGUAAUCCUUAGCAUGCAUGACGAAAAAAAGAUAAGUACAUGAAUUAGCUACUGAAUUUGAUUGUUGUGGUUGUGCACCAGAUGUUUCUCAACUUUAAUUUGUUAAGGACACCCCCACACCUCACUCCCCUCCCAUGUGUUAAUCUCUUUACCUUCCCCAUACUCAGACCUCUGCAGGAUGCAAAGAAAAAAUAUGAGAAAAUAAGAAGAAAAAAAAACUAACUCUAAAAUCAAUUUUAGCAGUGCAGGACUUGAGCAUCUUAUAGGACACUGUUGAAAAGACUUGAUAACUCCUCUCCACUGUCUGUUGAGAUAAUUCAACCGUGUUGGAGGAAGGGGAACUUUAAGACUUGAAUGUGGUAAAUGUUGCAAGUUAACUUCGAGUUGUUAUGUGCAAUACAUUUUUUUUGAACUUUUUUCCAGAUAAAGACUCUUUGCAAUGUAAUUCUUUAAUGCCAUUUUUAAUUGCAGACAUUUAAAGAAGACGUUAAUAUGUUUUUCACAGUCAUUUUCUACUGUUAUUGUAAUCCUUUUCAUGCUGGUGUUUGUAGAAAAGAAAAAUAAAUCAAACUAUUUGUACUAAUAUAAAUAAUUGAAGUUAUUUUUAAACCAUUAAAGGUUUUGUGCUCAUUUGUUUAUUUCAAGCUACUGUGAUUGCAUUGUAAUUAUUAGGUCAAUAAUGUAUUUAGCUGUUUAUUGGUAUAUUUUUAAUUGGAAUGUAUAAUUAAUUUUUAUAAUUUUGAUCAGAUUUUUGUUAUAUUUUUGAGGUGAAGCUUUUAAUAUGUUAAAGUGUCUAGUUUUUACUAAUUGCUAUAUUGUGCUCCACAAUAUAUGAUUAACAUUUUCUGAAGGAAAAUAAAGAUUUAAAUAUUUGUCUGUUAAUGAUGUUACUUAAUGGCAAAAUUUCAAUAGUUUUUAACUGUGUAUGGGAAGGUUGUAUUUAUUAAUAGCAUUUUUUACUUAAGAUAUCAUCUUAAUUUCUAUUGUCAUUUCACUUUAUAAGUUCCUAUUUUUGUAUUUUCCUUUCUAAUUAAGUUAUGUAAUACAAAAUGUCCAUAUUUCGAGGAGUUGGUCUGUAGAAGUGCUAGUGAAACGAAAAAUAAAAUUCUGUUAUUUAAUUGUUUGCAGCCAACUAUUUAUAACAGUGUGCAUCAUUUUUAAAUAUUUGUAAUGUGAAAUGUUGAAUGAAUAAAACUUAACUGUGAUAAGAUAAGGCC